AUGCUUCGCCCGAAUACCUCCACAAGUUCAAGCUCAAUCUCCAACAACAAUAAUAUCAUUGUUUCUGAAAACAAAAACGAGCUCGCUGGACUCAAACAACGCCUUGAGGAACUUAAAGAAAAGUUGGAUCUUAGCCACAAGGAAACUCGCAUUGUUGGGGUUUUUGGGAUGCCCGGAAUCGGCAAAACCACGCUGGUGAAGAAAUUGUAUGAUGAGUGGAAACACAAUUUCCAGCGUCACGUUCAUAUGGUGAACAUCCGUGAGAAGUCAAAUGCUUACGGGACGUCUUCGCUACAAAGGAUGCUUCUCAAAGGGUUGCUUAGUGACAUUUACACUGAGAUAAGUGACGAAAUGACGUAUCAUUCCGUGGAAAGUGGACUUCUUGAGAAGAAAGUUUUUCUUGUUCUUGAUGACGUGAGUUGCAAGAAACAGAUACAAGCCCUUCUCGGAAACCAAAAAUGGAUUAGGAAAGGUAGCAGAGUUGUUAUUACUACGCGUGACAGGACAGUCAUAAGACAACUCGAGUAUACUUAUGUUGUCCCAAGAUUGGAUCUCACAGACGGUCUAAGGCGAUUCAGCUUUUAUGCCUUUGAAGAUCACAACUGUCCUUACCCGGGGAUUCUCAGGGAUCUCUCCACGAAAUUCGUCGAUUAUUCCAGAGGCAAUCCGUUAGCUCUCAAGAUAUUGGGUCGAGAGCUUCUCUCGAAAGAUAAAGAUCACUGGUCACAGAGGUUGGAUACUCUAGCGCAAAUUCCAAGCCCGUGUAUACAAGAUCUAUUGAGAGUAAGUUAUGAUGACCUAAGUAAGAAGCAGAAAGAAGCUUUUCUUGUUGUAGCAUGUUUCUUCAUAUCAGGGGAUGAGUAUUACGUAAGAAGUUUAGUGGACUCAGAAGAUCCUGAUUCUACUGGUGAUGCUGCUAGUGAAAUAAGAGAUCUUGCGGACAAGUUACUGAUUAGCCUUUCUAGUGGCAGAGUAGAAAUGCAUGAUUUACUGUCUACAUUCGGUAAGAAACUUUGUUCAUCCUUAUCUACUGAGAAUAAAUUGAUUUGGAAUCAUGAUAGCUUUUCUUCUACGGUGAAAAACAAGAGAAUGAGAUUUAUUGAUCAUCCAAGGGAAAAAGAUCAACCCAAUCACCAGUUAUCUGAAAGGGACUGCGUCAAGGGUAUUUUGCUGGACAUGUCUGAAUUAAAUGAUAAACUGACCUUAGACUCUGAAAUCUUCAGUGAGAUGUGCAAUCUAAGAUACCUCAAAGUCUACAACUCCCAAUGUUCUCGAGAUUGUGAUGCUGAUUGCAAACUGAACUUCCCGGACGGGCUUAAAUGCUCAAUGGAAAAUCUCAGGUAUCUCUACUGGCUACAAUACCCUCUGAAAAAGCUUCCAAAAGAGAUAAACCCGAAGAGUCUCAUCGAACUCAACCUCCCUUACAGCAAGAUUACACGACUUUGGAAGGACAACAAGGAUACAUCCAAACUAAAGUGGGUCGAUCUCAGCUACUCGAGUGAGCUGCACGAUAUAUCGGGGUUACUAGGGGCUCAAAAUCUUAAAAGACUGAAUCUUGAAGGCUGCACAGGCUUGACAACAUUGUCGCAAGGGAUGCAAGAAAUGGAAAGUUUGGUUUACCUAAACCUCGAAGGAUGCACACGCCUUGUGUCUCUUCCAGAGAUGAAGUUGAAAUCUCUGAAAUCUCUCAUCUUGAGUUACUGCUUGAACUUGGAACAGUUUCCGGUGAUUUCAGAGAGCUUGGAAGCUCUUUACUUGCAAGGCACGGCAAUAAAGGUUAUUCCUAAUUCCAUUAAGGUUCUUCAGAAACUUUUCAGAUUGAAUAUGAAAGACUGCAAAGCGUUGGUGACUCUUCCCGACUGUCUUGGAAAUCUAAUAGCUCUUCAGGAGCUUAUCCUCUCUGGCUGCUCAAAGCUAGAGAGUUUCCCAGAGCUCAAGGAGAACAUGAAAUCUUUACAGAUUUUACUUCUUGAUGGGACAGCAAUAAAGCAGAUGCCAAUGUUAUUGCAUUGCACUGAGUCACAAGGCCAAGCUUUUGCAAACCUACAUCGCGGUUUGAGUGGUGAUCACGGUAUAUCAUCCUCGUUGCUAUCAUUAUGCUUAAGUGGAAAUGAUCUCGAGAGCUUACAUAAUAACAUCAGCCAGCUUUACCAUCUGAAAUGGCUUGACUUAAAGAACUGCAAGAAGCUCAAAUCUGUCCCGGUGCUUCCACCAAACCUCAAGUGCUUAGAUGCACAUGGCUGCAACUCACUGGAAAAAGUUGGAAACCCUCUAGCCCUUCUCAUGGUGACAGGGCAAAUCCAUUGCACAUUCAUUUUCACAAACUGCACCAAAUUGGAUCAAGUUGCAAAAAGUAGUAUCAUUUCCUACACUCGUAGAAAAGGCCAGCUGAUGUCAGAUGCUCUGAAUCGUUAUAACGGGGGCUUUGUUUUGGAAUCUUUGAUCGGCACUUGUUUUCCUGGAUGUGAAGUACCAUCAUCAUUUGAUCACCAAGGCUUUGGAUCACUGUUAGAGCCGAAACUACCUCGACACUGGUGUGACAAUAGACUUACUGGUAUAGCUUUAUGCGCAGUUAUAUUGUUUCCGGACAACCAAGAACAUCAAAGCAAUCGUUUCUUGGUGAAAUGCACUUGUGAGUUUGAAAGUAAAGAUGGGCCAUGUAUCAGUUUUACUUCAAUCGUUGGUGGUUGGAGCGUAGCAGGCGAUGAGCCACGCAAGAUUGAGUCUGCUCAUGUUUUUAUUGGAUAUACAAGUUGGCUAGAUAUCAAAAAACGCCACGUGGAGAACCAUGGGAAAGGAUGUAUUCCUUCUAAGGCUUCACUCAGAUUUCAGGUGACUGAUGGUGCAAGCGAGGUAGCAAGAUGUCAAGUGCUGAAAUGUGGCUUUAGUUUGGUGUAUACACCAAACGAUGUUGAUGAUAUUUCUUGGGAGACAAUUGGUGAUAUCGCUCUCAUGAAGAAGGAGAAGGACGUAGACGAUGGAAAUUCAAACAAACAUCCAAGAAAUGAUUAUAGCUUCUGGAAUCAAUUAAACUGUUGUGCGACUUCGAGAAGGGUUGAAUGUGAAGAGCUUGCAGAAGCAAACAUCUCCAGAACUUGUUUUCUUGAUUAA